CUGGAACGUAGCGGGGUGGGGCCCCUCUGAUGCGCAACCAGAAAGCCGAUCCAGACCGCGAAUGCAAUGGGCUCCUCACUGCAAAUUCAGUCUAUUUCAGUUUAAAUUAUAUUAGCUGUGUAGAACUAGUAGCCUACAAAGGACUUUCCUCAUUUGUAUUAUAAGGCUCUUCAAUUUCUUACCAUCCAGCAAGCAUCGUAGGAUUUCUGAAAAAUAGAGACAUAGGUAGACACGUACAUUUUUCUGACUGGACAGAAUUUGAGUGGGCGCAGGGAGCAUCAUUUUCCCGUCUCUGGUCCGUGAGUAGGACGUUCAUUCAGGCCUCUCUCACCAGUAGCCUAACACUUUGAUUCAGAUUUGAAGUGCAUAGGUUAUUAUAUAUCCAUCGUUGAUUAUGGCCUGGCCGUGCAUCACACGGGCUUGCUGCAUUAACCGCUUCUGGAGUGAGUUAGACAAAGCGGACAUCGCCGUGCCUUUGGUUUUCACGAAAUAUUCGGAUGUGGCCGAGGUGCAACAUCUCCAUCCUCAGCCUCCAUCUAGACAGACGAGGACCGGCCCCAUCACCAUAGAAACCCAGCCUUCUCACAGUGAACAGGAGGCGGCGGCGGCGGUAAAGGCACCGCCCGCGAAUGGUGCCGCAUCAGGAAAACAUGGCUGUAGUGCGUCUGUGAUGCGCCAGGAUUUCAGGGAAUGGAAAGAUAUACGCCCGGAGCCCAGCUGCAAACCCAAGAAUGAAUAUCACCCCUCCGCGACACCUUUCCACAACGUAACACAGUAUCAGAAGGAUUAUAAGCCAUGGCCUGUCCCGAAAAAGGGAGACCACCCCUGGAUCCCCAAACCCAGCCCAACCGCCUCCUCCGAUGCCCAAGAACGGGGCGUGGGAACCACAUCGAAGCAUGCAACUACAGAGCCCGAGAGCGGUGUGGAGAAGAGUGAAAUUGAAGAAAAGGUGCAAGAGAAAGAAUCCAAAGAGAGGAAAAAGAAACCAGUGAAGAAGGAGAAAACUGUAGAGAAGAAAGUGAGUGCCAAAAUGGAGGGACAGCCACCGGCAGAUGUCACUGUGGAGGGGAAAGGAAGGGCAGCAGCAGACGCGCUGAACAGACAGAUAAAACAGGUCGUCUCAACUGGCACUGGCAGCUCUUAUAGAAAUGAGUUCAAGGCGUACAAAGACGUGAAGCCAGUGAAGGCAACCAAGCCCCAGUCUCAGUACAAACCGCCUGCGGAUGACAAGGACAAGUCCAGCCUGGAGACCAGCUACAGCGCCACCUACAAGGGGGAGCAGGCUAAGGGGCAGCCCACCGACAACAAGCUGCUGGAGCGCAGGAGGAUACGCAGCCUGUACAAUGAGCCGGGCAGCAAGGAGACCACCAAGGUGGACAAGACAAAAACCAAACCAAAAAAGACAACAACAACGAGCAAAAUGGUGAAAAAGGCGAAAGAGAAGACCAUCGCUGGUGCACUGUCAACCAAGAAGAAAACCUCCGCGAGCACCAAGCCAGACGAGUCCAAGCCAGAGGGAGGCGUUAUCUCAAAGAAGAGCAAAGAGAUAAGCAAUAGACUGGCUGAGGCAAAAAAGUAAAAACAAAACAUCUCUGCACUACUUUAUUUAGGGAAUUAAAGGCUGCCUAAUGAAUUAGAGGACUCUCAUCCAUUUGGUCUUUCUCUUUCUCUCUGUAUUUUCCUUCAUGUUCCUCAUCUCUAUGUAUACGCACUAGAUGUGGAGCUUUUAAGUUGACAUUUUGACGUUUUCACCAUGCUGUCGUUUAACUAUAAUGUCUUGUGCGUGUCUGUGUGAUCGCGGGUGUGUGUGUGCGAGUGUGCACUUACUCUCUCUGUUAUAAGUUCAGCACAUAUUUCGCACAUUAUUUUGUUGCAUUUGUCAAUCUUUUGUAGAAAUAAAACCAUUGUAAAACAGAGAGUCAUUGAUACACAUAGUGUACGUAGAGAACCAUAUAUGGCUCUUAAAUGGCUGUUGAAGGCAGUGAGAGGUUUUGAUUGUUUUUCUGACUAUCUAUCCUCAUAGUGAUGAUGGACUGUCUCUGUUCUUCUUUUCCAUCUCUUAGACUGCAUUGACUAUGUGGUCCCUGCAGAUAUAAAAUCUUAAUUACUGUAGCGUUUCCUGGUUACAGUGACUCCACUCUUUGGACCUAGAUUUCAUUUAAUUAUUUGGAAAGAUUUCUGGUUUCAUCAAUUUGGUUGCUAAGGAACCAGCUGAACUGUAAUGUCAUUUCUACAGCUUGCAUGUAAGGCCCUCUUUCUGGUUGUAUAGUAGCAUUCUAGUAUCCUAUUCCCACGGUCACAAUCUAGUUUGUAAUUGAAAUCAUUCAUGAGAAAUCAAAGGGGGCAAACCAUUUCCAGAAUAACUGCAUGUGUAGUGAUAGUCUGAUCUCAUACCAUAAGUGUCUACACAAAUAAACAACAAAACUGUCACUGACUUACAGUACAAAAGAUGGCACGUAGUAUUCUAGUGCCUACUGAAUACUGAGCUACAUCCUUCCCUGUAGCUCAGUUGGUAGAGCAUGGUGUUUGCAACGCCAGGGUUGUGGGUUCGGUUCCCACGGGGGGCCAGCACCGGGAAAAAAAAUGUAUGAAAUUGUAUGAAAUGUAUGCAUUCACUACUGUAAGUCGCUCUGGAUAAGAGCGUCUGCUAAAUGACAAAAAUGUAAAUGUAAAAAAUGUACUGAAGCUGUUAUGUCAACCCACCAGCUUUGUAGUUCUGCCUUCACACAGGUGGUUCUACUGCCUUCUUCAAUGUGAGAACCACUUUGUCAACUUUCCAGUUAUUUGAUACAGUAUGAAAACUGAUGUAUUUCUGAUAAUACACAUCUCUUUAAUUAUAUGUCGUUAUUUUAUCCAUUACAAAGCUGUGAUGCUAUUUGUGUGCAAAACCAUGUAUAAUGUUAAAAAUGAGCAUAUGUAUGAUAUAGGAAAUAGGAUUUUGUAUUUACUCAAUCACCUCCACUUUCUUCAAUGGGCUCAGUAGUUAGGUGUAAAAAGAUAAGGAGUGGGCCAGGAUUAGAAGAUCAAAAUCGCUUUUUGGAACAUGCAGCUGCCUGUCUGGAACCAUUGAUAUCAGAUCAAUUCACAGUGAAUGUGAGUGCUACUCUCACCCUGUCUCUCUUAUGUCUGUGUACCUGCAGUCCGCCAGUGUGUUACAGUAUGUGGCAGUCCUCCUCCCAUAUGCUGUUGUGCGUCUGCUACUGUCUAUUGUAUCCCCAGACCAGCCUGCUCUCUGCUGCCUGUCAGGGUUCACUGUGUUAGACCUCCGCAGCCCACCGGCUCCUAGCGCCUGCCCCCCAGUACAGUAACUAACGUGUUGAGCACACCACACCUCGGUGCUAUGACUCUCUGAACUAUAUGCUGUCAGUUUGAUGCUAAUGUACUCAAACCGUGUGAAAUGAUGACAAUAUGAUGUCAUAUACUGCAGAUGUGUUGUGAUUGUGUGCUUGUAUUCUCAGCUUGCUCUGAAUGAACUGAUUAAAAAUGUUGAAGCAGAA